UAUGCUAUUUAGAGGCAUAAAUAACUACAAAAGCAUGAAUACUAUUAUAGAUUAAACAGAGAAUUAAGGAGCUUUGUGGUUAGGAGACUACACUGCAGCAAUCAAUUAAUAACUCUUGAAAUAAAAGAAUAUCAAAACAGUAUUAACAGUAGCGUCUGGUUUGAAUGUUAAAUAUCCUCCUAAUUCUGAUAUUGUUCAUAAAGUAUAUAUCUAAUAAAUAAUUGUAGGUUUACAAUAUUCUAGAUAUUGAAUCAUGUAAUAUAAAAAGAAUAUGGGGAGAUACCUACUAAUAAAUAGAUGAGGGAUUGUAAAAGGGAGGUGUUUUGGUGCAUUGUGCAGCUGGUGUAUCUAGAUCUGCUGCAACAGUUAUAGCAUAUCUCAUGAGAAAAUAGGGAAUGUCUUUUUAAGAGGCAUUUUAAUUUGCAAGAUUAAAAAGAAGUGUAGUUUGUCCUAAUUUUGGAUUUUAAAGAUAACUUAAGCAAUUUGAACGAGAAUUAUAGAAUAUGAAUGGGAAGGUUGAAACAGAAAUAACUUAAUAAUAAUAAUAAAUAUCAUAAUUAGCAGUAAAACCAAUAAUUUAAUAGUAAUAAUUAUCAAAUCUAACAAUAUAACCUCAUUAAAUGGCAAUGACUGAAAAAAAAACAACAAUCAGAAGAAAUUAGUUAACACCUGCUUCUAAAUUGCCAAAACCUGUUUUUUAAAAUAAUGUUAAGCAAGCUUAAUCUUUAAAAAAAUGAU